AUAUGCAACAUAUUUGGUGCAUUAAAGUCAUGCCUGAGCUUAAAGAACUACUCAAUCUUGGUUGAAUAAAACGUGAAACUUGGUUCCUGCAAUAGUAGAAAUUCAAGUCAGUGAGUACUUCACUGCGAAAAUUAAAAUAGACGUAUUGGGUUACAACUAACCAUCUCUUAAAUGUCAUGCAAAUCGCGUCAUUCGACACCGCUAUCACUAAAAUGCUUUCUUACACAGCAAACCAGUUAUCAACAACGCUACUGCUGGCUUUGAGUGAAGAUUGAUUUGUACAAACAUGCGUAGGAUACCGAGUGAGUAGUUAUACCUUACGAUUACCUUCCUUAAAAGAGCUGAAGUACUUUUAUCUUCUACCAAAAGAGAGAGGAAUCGGCUGAAUAUUCUUAUUUGUGGGCAAUCGCUCGCAAACGUGCUCUAGACAAACAUGAUUCGUUACAUUCUCGGAAAUAGCAGACGUUUUUUUCUCGCUACUAUGAUCCUCUUAAGUAUAGUUAUGUUCAUAAUGAUGUCAAGCGUUCGUUUCUAUCCAAAAAGAAGACAGAAUCCUUUUGAAGAACACAGUGUGUUUAAAGAAGUUCAGGCGCUGUUAGAACAGGGCAACCUGAAGCCAACUGUAGGUCUACCACCACAUUUUAAUAAGAUAGAUUCGUACGCUAUCUUCGUACCAGCAACGCUUCCAGCGACAGCUUCUAUUUACGAUAUACCUAGCGUUCCUUCGGACUAUACAGACUAUGAUUUGGAAUAUUUAGAUAAAGGUGUAGUGGAAAAUGCUGACUUUGAGAGACCAUUAAAGGGAGGCCUUUGUAGUGUGCCGUUCGACUACGGUGACAUGUGUCCUCAAAGCUACACAGAGCUUGGUGGAUAUUGUGAAUAUAAACCUGAUAAGACAGGUUUUAAUUGUCCUGAUAUUCGAGCAAAAGGCACCUUGGAAACUCGGCAAUGUCAGCUCAUUACUACAAGAAUGUUGAGAAUUUUUGAUUUGAUUGCUCGAGAACAUAAAUUACGAUAUUGGCUGCAUGGCGGAACUUUGCUUGGAGCUGCAAGACACAAAGGGAAUAUACCUUGGGAUACAGACAUUGAUAUCAAAAUGCCUCUAGAAGACUAUAUAAGAUUUUUCAAGACGGUAUACAAAAAGCUUCCUGACGAUAUUUUCUUCCAAAACUCGGAGUCCGACCCUCCUUUGAGACCGUCAAACUACAGGAAGAAGAGACACAAGAUCGUUGGGAUGUAUGAACCAAGUUAUAACCCAAGACUACGGGACCGCAGUAGUUGUUACAAGUAUUGCAUUAAGAACGGAUGCUCGUGGCAUGAUGGCAUGAUGAUUGAUAUUUUCGUAGCGGAUGGCAGCCUUAGUGGAAUCUUUCCUCUCAAAGAAAUGGAGUUCGAGGGAUUCAAAUUUCCUGUUCCCAACAACUGGAGAAAGCAGCUUGUGAGUAAAUACGGUAAAGCUUUCAUGAAACUGCCCAAAAAAACAACCCAGAGAAAACCAGUUGAUUUCCCUGAUACUGUACUUAGCUGUGAUGAUAUUAAACUGAAAAUGGAACAAGAAUCGCGUAUAGCGGAGUAGACCUACUUCCUGCAAGGGAAGACCACUAAGGUCACACAGCUUUAUUCCCGUGCAUAUGGGUUACGCAUUGCGUUCAACGAAAUGUUAUGAUGGACUAAAAAAUAUUUACUUGACCUUUAUAGCGUGCUGUCAUGAGUGUUAGCCGAACUUAAUGUCCAUAAACAAACAAUACUAACCACGUCAAUGGAUUUAUAAAUACAGAAUAUAGAGCUUCCUAGCUUUGAAUUGAAGCUUUGAAUUUUGUAUUUUAGUUCGACAUCAAUUCUCUAGACUAAAGUAGAACACUGGCUGACAAGUAGAUUCUGUUUGAUGGAGUGCAAUUGCAACAGAAUCACUCACACCACGUGCAGAAAAAAAGAUACACAAGAUUGUUCUUUUUGUGUACUUCAAAAGAUGACACAAACACAAACAUCUUCUUAAAGACAUCAACCAUGCAGUUUUAGUUCGAUUAUACUUGUCAAACACAGCUGAAAAGCAGUUAGAAUAUAUUUAGAAUUGCUCCAAAACUGAACAGUACGACUUUUGAUUUUUGUUUAGUAAAGAAGGAGUUCUCUUUUCGGCCAUUCAUUUGAAAAGGAAACAAAAACUUCAAGCAUGUUCUAACCAGGGGAAAAAACUAAGAUAAUAUGUAUGCUGUAUCAUCUAUA